AGUCAAGUACCUCUGCAGCCAGCAGCCCGUGUCGCAACAAAGAGACCGCACAUUAUUCUCGAUAGACAACCGAGAUGAAACCGUCUGUGAUCAUCACCAUGCUUGUCUUGGUCCUAGCCACGCAGUGCAUCGCAAAUAAAAAACAGCAACUUUUAAACCAAGUAUCUCGGGAACUUCUCGGGCAAUGGAUGACCAAAGGGAUAAACUUCAUGGGAUACUCAUGCGACCUUCAAGUACAGCCUAGGUUCUCCUUCUGGACGCUGUUCUACGAGUGUUCUUUCUCUUGUACCGAGUGGACUGACAUCAUAGGCGAAGCCACGUCGCGCUGCAAACUAGGCGCAGCAAAGAAUGCCGUGUGGAAUUUCGUCGAUACAGCCAUCCAGUACAAUCUCAUCAGACAGAUAGACGCGAGCAAGUGGUAUGAAGAACAGAAGAAUGUAACUAAAACCUUUUAGCUUAGCUUAUCAUAUCUAUA